AGUUAGCGAUAAACAUGUCGAUUCCCGCCAUAAAGCGAUGGUCCGGGAACGUUUCUUUUCUCUGUCUCUUUGUUUUAUUAUACCCCCUCUAACCGAAUGCCAAUUGUUAAGAGUGCCAAGUUACGUUCGUAGGUAUAGGAAACGAGCGAAUGGCAGAAAAAAAUCAGGUUCGCUGUCCCGUAGGACGGCGAGCGUGGUGCCCGGUUUCACGGUCGAGGGCCAACUGCCGCACGCCACGAAGCCGCUUUCGUCGAGCUCCUCCUCGGCGUCCGGGCGCAGCGAGGAUGCGCCGCAAUACGGUAGCCUGCCGGGCAGCGAUCAUCAGGGACAAUCGCAGCAGGACGACAGCGGACCCGAGGGAAGCCCCGUGUACAUUUUGACCUCGGCCAAGGGUGGCCCCAGCUAUAAGUACCAUGAAUCAAGAAUUAUAGAGAUCGCCGGCGGCCGAGAGGUGUUCUCGCAGAGCCGAGGGAAGGUGGCGGCUAGAAAGUCGCGAUUUCUGGCCGCGUCGAAUUCGAUUAAUAACGAGGACACUCAGACUGAUAAUAAGCUGUCUGUUAAGAAGAACAACAAGUCCCCCAGCUCGCAGACCAUAUGGGAGUUGCGGAACCGGUGCGGUGAGACCAGGAAGCAGCGCGCGAAUCGAGAGGUGACGGAGACCGUGUUCGCCUCGGAGGUGCACUCGGUGCGACGCAACGCCACCACAAAGUCCAUCCUCGAUUACGACUCGCCCAGGAGCAACCGCGGCAGCCGCAUCAUCAAUUACGAUUCAAUCCUGAAUAGCAAUAAUGUAGAGUAUACCGUACCGAAAAGUAUUACCGAUCUCGACUAUGGCUUGCCCAAGAGCUGCGUAGAUUAUCAGUCGAAUCACAACACGCCCGCGAGGAGCAUGGCGAUCGUCAGCGACGGCGAGGUUGUCGUGUUCGACGACAUCGACGACAAUUGGCAGGGGCUGCGGCCGGACCUGGCGUCGAGCAACACGAACCAGGUCACGACGACGGCGAGCCUGGACCUGGAGGCGGACGACUCGCAGCGGGGCCGCGUCGCCCCGGAACCGCCGAGCUCCAGCGUCGGGAGCAGCCCUAGUCCUACGACGGCAUAUCAUCGCAAUACUUCGGAGUUUUUCAAGGUUGUUACACCGGCGAGCGACUGCGAGGCGGACUCUCCUUCACCGGAGCGCAAUCACAAAGUCGCGAGGGUCAUCGGCGAGCUACCGAUCGCCCAGUAUUCCGGCAGCCCGAGACGUUACGGUGUCCGCGAGAAUACGCAGCUCCCUAGCUUAUUGUCGUCGCCCUCUAUGUACAUGACACCGAGGCCUGGUUUCCCGCAAAGAGUAUUGCCCACGACGCCCAAUCACAAUGAGAAGGAGGAUACCUCUGCAGAAAUCGUAGUAGACGAGACUGUGAUAGAAAACAUUAGAACCGAAGAUCAGCCUAUAGAUCCUUCAUCUCCGUCGCCGAAGGCCGAGGAGGAGGAGGAAGACUCUUUAAAGCCGUCGACUCUGCCUGCUGAUAAUAUAAGCAGUCUUGUCUCGCCGGGUGGUAGCACCUUCGACUAUCUCUACGAGUUUUCCGAGACGCGGAAAGUGUUAGAAGAAUUCUUCAAGUGUCCGGCGCCGACGAAAGAAAAGGAAAACAAUAUAGAAUCCUUUCCUUUCCAGGAUCUUGAUUAUGAGUUACGAAGGCAAGGUGGAAGCGCGUACGUCGGUCAGCGAUUAGCCAGCGGUCCACCCGCGACGGAGGAGGUUAUGGUACACGAGUCUCCUAAGAAGCAACGGGCCGAAUUUCCACAAAAUGCAGGUGAACACGAAAACAAUUUUCUGGAUCUCUCAGUAGGCACCGGCAGCAGUGAAGAUCUUGGCGAGACCGAGGUCGGUUUGCAGGUGGGACACUCGCGUAAUUUCACACUGAGCCCCGAGACAACCGACUGCGACAGCAAUUGCGGCGACCUGGACAGCGAGGUAUCCCUCAUGAUGAUGGAUAAUGAAUUGAUGCCAGCAAGUGGCCUUCUCGGAUCGGUCGGCGAUCUCGGGAAUAAUUCGGAUUCCCUGAGAAUAUACACUAGCAUGCCGGUGUUGGAGGACGGACUGUCUAGUGGACACGCGAGCGAUACUGACAACAAUAAUCCUACUGUGAUGCUCAUGAAACGGCAAAUAAACGAGAUAGAGAAGGAGAUCAUACAGAGAACUCGUAACGACAUGCUAGGCACGAACGAGAAUGACUCCGGGAAGGACGUUAGUCUAAAUGUAACAAAGGAUAUUUUACACACGUUGAAGACCACGUCGCCCGAUCUGUUUAUCGCGAAGAAGGAAAAUUCGUACGACACGAACGAGCUGCAGCUCGACGGAUUGGAUCCACUGGGCACGCCGCCGCCACCGGCGCCGCAGGGCCGCCAAAGUGUAUCCCUGGACGUAAACUGCGGCGAGGUGGAAGCGGCCAUCAAAGAUAUUAGAAUGGCCCUGCAAAGGACUAAAACUCUACCUGUGAAAUCGCCAUCGGAAGAACCGCCGGAGCCGAGCGUUAGUCCGAUAUGGAUACCAAGUAUAAUGGAUGGCAGGCGGAGAGUCUGUAUGGAAAGCAAUAGCGAAGAAUCUGAUGCGCGUCGUAUAGGUGACGAGGCCGAUGUGGAAAUUGAAGAGUGUCCGGACGAGGAGGAGGCGGACACCGAUCUUGAAACGGAUCGGUUGCUCGGACAACAGAGAACGGACGAUCAGGGAUUUUACGACGACAAGGGGUGGAGGAAGCCUAAGACUAGGACUAUGUUACCACCAAUGAAUGCGAAAGUCGCUACUCCAAAGCAAACCCCUCCCAAAACUUUGAGUGUCGCCCCGAUAGAAACGCUAGCGCCUUCCGAGCCCAUACCCUCGACGUCUGCCUCGAUCUCCCCUCCUCCUGUAGUGUCUGUUAUACAAUCGUCGUCUUCUAACGAGUGCGAAGUAGCCACUCCCGCGCAACCUACAUCGAGUCCGCAGAAGACCCCAGUCAAAAACUCCCCCACAUCCCCUCAGAGCCUCAAGGAAUCCAACAACAAGGUGAAAAAGGAUAAGGAGGGAAAGAAAAAGAGCAGAAACAAAGAAGACCUGUUGGACGAUCCAUCAGUGUUAAUCGAGGGUGUCCUGUUCCGCGCGAGGUACUUAGGAUCUACGCAAUUGGUAUGCGAAGGUCAACCGACGAAGUCGACUCGCAUGUGUCAGGCGGAGGAAGCCGUUUCCAGAAUAAAGGAUGAUGGGCCAGUGCCGAUGCAGGCAACACUCUUAAACUAUGGGGGGCAGCGUGGGUAUGGUCGCUGCAGCAUUGCCUCGCAAGGAAGCCUAGAGGAGGACGAGUGCGACUCGAGCGAAGAACUUAUAGGAAGCGCUUCUGGUGGGGGCCAGUCCGAGUCGCAAGCGCUUGGGGCCCAGCCGAAACUGGCCCCGAUCAGUGGCUGCUUGGGGCCCACAACCGUUUUCAGACUACAGUUUCUUGGGUCGGUGGAGGUGGAAGAGGAAGGGGGACGUAAACGGCGUAAGCGCCUUAAGAACCACAUGGUGGAGGAGGCUGUGACAAAAAUAAAGGCGCUGGCACCGGACGGUGACACUCAGCCAAGCACGGAGGUGGAUCUCUUCAUCUCGACGGAGAAGAUCAUGGUACUCAAUACCGAUCUGAAGGAGAUCAUGAUGGAUCACGCGUUACGCACGAUCUCGUACAUAGCGGAUAUCGGCGAUCUGGUGGUGCUGAUGGCACGGCGUCGUUUUGUGCCGCACGAGAUGGAGGAGGUGCCGAAAAUCAACCGAACUCCGAAGAUGAUAUGCCACGUUUUCGAAAGUGAGGAGGCUCAAUUUAUAGCACAAAGUAUCGGACAAGCAUUUCAAGUAGCUUACAUGGAGUUCCUAAAGGCAAAUGGGAUAGAGGAUCAUAGCUUCGUUAAGGAAAUGGAUUAUCAGGAGGUGCUCAAUUCGCAGGAGAUAUUCGGCGACGAGCUGCAGAUGUUUGCGAAGAAAGAGAUGCAGAAAGAGGUAGUGGUACCGAAAGCGAAGGGGGAGAUCCUCGGUGUUGUGAUCGUUGAGUCCGGAUGGGGCUCGAUGCUGCCAACCGUAGUCAUAGCAAAUUUAGCGCCGGCCGGCGCCGCCGCGCGUUGCGGCCAGCUUAACAUUGGCGAUCAGAUAAUAGCGAUUAACGGCGUAUCGUUAGUCGGCUUGCCUUUGUCCACGUGUCAGACUUACAUAAAGAACUCGAAGAAUCAAACGGUCGUCAAGCUAACUGUCGUGCCGUGCGCGCCUGUGGUCGAAGUGAAAAUCAAGAGACCCGACACGAAAUAUCAGUUAGGAUUUAGUGUACAGAACGGAGUGAUAUGUAGUCUAUUGAGGGGUGGCAUCGCCGAGCGGGGUGGCGUACGAGUGGGCCAUAGGAUAAUUGAAAUCAAUAAUCAGAGUGUUGUUGCUGUACCGCACGAAAAGAUUGUUAAUCUUCUGGCUACGUCAGUGGGAGAGAUUUUGAUGAAAACGAUGCCCACGUCCAUGUUUAGGCUGUUGACCGGCCAGGAGUCUCCGGUGUACAUAUAAAAAGCGUUCAGUUGCCUGGCUGAUGCGUAGUGAACAGACAAUACAUCCACCAUCCACUACCAUACUAUCCGCUACUAUCUUUACUGUACAGGUUAUUCUAUGCAGAUCGCUUUGUGUUUUCGAUUCUUAUGGGACGAUUCGAUACUUUCACCAGCUCCUGCUUAGUAAACGAGACCUACAUAGGUACGUCGCAGAAACUAAAUAUCUACUCAAGCAUAAUUUAUAUGAUUAUCGAUUAUUGUAAGCGAUAUUCGUCUAGUACUAAUCAAUGAGAUUCUCUAUAACGUGUGUUCCCUGAAAUCUCGCGAGGUAUCGUUUCAAUGCCGGUCGGUGCAUUAUGUCAAUGCAUCGCGGCGUCUGAUUUGUUGUCCGAGCGGUGUAGAAAUUACGGUGCGAAUUGCCGUAAUUACUCAGACGUUCGGUUUGUUAGGAGUCUAACAAAGCAAUAGGAGAAAAAAAUAUAUAUAUUGAUUUUCAGUGCACAACAAGUGGAUGUUACAGAGAAUCGCAUUAUUCGCGCUAAGGAAGAUGAUAGGCGAUGCAAAUGAUGCAGUUGCACAUGAUUAUAAAUAGCACAAAGCUCUUUACCAACAGCUGGAGCAAGGCUGGAACUGUAUAUUACGUAGUUUAAUGACGUAGUAAUAUUUAUAAAAAGGAUCUCCCUCUAUCUCUCGCGGAGACACUUUAAGCUAAAGCGUUUAUUUAAUCUUUUUUAUCCUUAAGGCCGGCGAAUACUUGCGGCGCAACGCCCGAGUAUAUUAAUUUGUACUAAAAUUACUAUCUUACCAUAGUAAACUUCGGACGCGUAAAUCUCGUGAUAAAUAACGCCAUAGUAAUUAUAUAGAAGAGUACAGUAACGUAAUCUCUCUUUCUAUAUAUAUAUAUGUGUAUAUAUAUAUAUAUAUAUAUAUGGGAGACAUUUUUUUUAACGAGUAGAUUAAUCUGUUUUGCAAUACAAUUAAGCUGACUUUUGGCAAGAGAUAAACUGUGUCGUCGAAUACACGGAAAUCAGUCAGUGGACAAAAAUGUUGAUUCAACAUCAUGUAUGCCUACAUAUCGCUUUAUCAACGCUAUUCUGUCGUAUAAUACUCGCCUGUAUCAAGGAUGAAGUCGUAACGCAGCACGUUCACCGCGCGAUAUUAUUUAUCGGAGCGACGUUUGAAAGUCCUUCGUAUUAUACCUCGUAAAUGACUAUUACUCGCGAAAAAAAUAGGCAAGUAAAAAAUUUUUUACGUUUCUCCGUUUGCUCCGAAUAUUGCGAUAUCUAUAAGUGCACAAUUUCUAAUAAAUACUUAAAGUUAGCACUUUUGGCAAAAGUAUGCGUGCGCGCAUGUAUGUAUGUAUGUGUGUGAGAAAGAGAUUUUUUUUUGUAUCUCGCGAAUGAUAGUCAAACUGUAAACUUGCAAAAGUCUAAUCAUGUUCCCAGUAUGUUACAUUAAUCGUUCGCUUCUCCGAUCACUUAUUGAUAAAUGUUGAGAAAUGGCUGUGUAUUUAAGAGUUUAGAUUUUAUAGAUAUAAGAUCGCACUCGACUUAGGCACUUUAGAGUAGAGGCCUUCAAAUCUUUCAGCACUCUACAUCCUCUAGCUCUCUUCCGCUCUUGAUAUUUCAUCAAUUCCCCGCUAAUUUUAACAGAUUCAACAUCUUCAUCGAAUUCUUAACUCUAAUUGAAUCUUCAACUUGAAACACAUGGUCGUAGAGCUUGUUAAAGUAGUAUACUGACAAUUUUUUUCAAUGCUUAUCGAUCAGAAGCCUUCACGCACGUCUCUCGAAAUUUUUUCACACUAUUAGAAGCAGCGCCCAUCUCAAUUUAGAAGCUAUUUUCAAGUGAUCUCGUUUUGCACGAGAGAUUAGUGGAGCAUGCUUAAAAAUCUUUCUAUCGGUCUCGACUCCUCUCUAUCGAUCUAAUUUUGUAGAGUAAAGUUUCUCUUAAUUCGUUUGUGUCUCGCUUGUUCGGAGAGGUUUAGUUCAUAAAGAUAAUCCUAGUAAGUGAUCGUAUAAAAUGGCUUAUAAUUAUAGACGGCACCUUAACUGUAUCAACUGCAGUAAGUCUUCGCUCACCAUGUAUAAUACUUACAUGUAAAAUAUGUAAAUUGUACUCGACUUAAUGUGGCUUCACUGCAUAUAGGCAUACAAAGUGAAAUCUAGCUUCUCCUGACUUGUAACUCUUCGUCAAUGGAAAGUUUCUUCUAAAAUAUAACAGACUGAGACUCACUUCUAUGUGUGACCCAAUAAGAUAAAAAAACUUACUCAUUCCAGAGAAACGUAACUCUACACUCGUACUGCUAGAAAAGAAAAAGGAAAAACAUGUUCUCUUCUAUAUAAAUACUAUAUGCCAUAAUAAUCUAAGUUUUAUCUAUUUUUGCUGAAGAUUUCUCACCUUCGAGCUAUUCUGCUUCAAAUAUCAAGAAAUGUGCGAUAACAAACUUUGAGAUUCCUGAUGUCUGAUAAAAUUUCAAUGCCAAAGUACAUUAAGUAGCGAGGCGUGAUGACGGGACAGCCGAGUAUUAUUUUCAACGAACUGAAAGAUUAAUCAGAUUUUGUCUGAGAACGUGCGAUCAUUUAAGGAACGACGUACCCUAAUUUGCAAAAAGUUAAACUUGUGUUGUCUCUAUCUUCUGAUAUCAUUCAGAUAUACAGGGCAUUUAAAGAAAAAGUGUUCAUGAGAUUACGUUUACUGAAUAUCAUGUAAAAGAUAUCUAAUAAACAUGAAGAAAAUUAUCUUUUCGAGCAUAGAAGCAUUAUUCACGACAUUGUGCAAACCGAGAAUUGUUUCUAUCCGCAAGAGGACCAGAUUUUCAAGGCAUGUUAAUUAAACAUCUUUCGCAUAAUGAAUACGCUCUGCAGAUCUUGAACUCUUCUUUUUUAAACAGCCCGUGCGAGUCAUAAAAUUUGUGUUCACGUAGUGUCAUAAUACGUAUUGUAAAAACAGUCAUACGUAAACUUGUUUAAAACGACGAGGAAUGCUAAUUUUAUAAUAAAUAAACUAGAAGUUAAUUUUGAAAGGUUGAAUAUUGUGUGUAUUAUGGGCAUUGCUCUCUUUGCUUUGUCGACACAACGGACAUGGAUUCUCCGUAUCUAAGUCGACUCUUCGAUUACUAAUACCUUCACAGAUCUCUGAUUUGCCAUAGACACGAUAUUUCCUACGGGACAAUUCUCUGUGAGGCACGUGGGUGAAGAAGCAUGUAUAUAAAAAUUUUUUCGUUGUUUACGAUAUUUAGUGAUGUAAAAGCGAAAGUAAGACACGAUGGGCGGUGCCGUAAAUCGAUGCGGACGGGGAAAGCCUCGUGAGGAUAGUUGCGUGAGAAAUGUCACAAAAAAAAAAUAUAUAUAUAUAAAUAUAUGAUAAUUCCAUUACUUCAUCGAGAAGGAUGUAGCGAAGCAUAUUACGAUAUUGCAUAUCAUGGGGAACCGAUAUAUCAUUGUGGAGACCUUCAUUCAUUACGGGCAAAUAUUUAAAGUAAUCCACGAAUAUGCAGAAAAAAGCAUCUUUGCCGGAAUCACCAGAGUUUAAAAAUAAAAGAAAUCGUGACUAUAUACGUUAUACAUAGGCAAUGGAUUUUGGCAUAGAAAUUUUAACCAUAUAUUCGACAAACAACACAAAGCGGUAUGAAUAUAAUAUAUGGGAUCAAACAAGAUGUGUUAUAUAUUGGGUGGCUGAAACUUAUCUAGUCAUUACGCUAAGAAUGAGAUGAAUAUGUGUGUGUAUGUGUGUACGUAUACAUAUAUGUACACACAUACAUAUAUAAAUAUAAAUAUAUAAAUACAGAAAAGUAUAUAUAUAUACAUAAGUUAAUACUCAGCCAUCGCAAGCCACCCUGACUGAAUGUGUCUAGCCACAUUUUAAUAAUGACAUCUGCAACUUGUACUGUCAAUCUGGCCUUGCGUGGUCAUUACUUGUACGUUCGUUAGAAAAAUGUAAUAUUAAAUCGUCAUUAUUACAGUCUUUGUUUGUCAACUCAAAUUUUAUGGAAAAAAAGCAAUAGAUUAAUUUUAUUUUAGUAAAACUUGAAGACAUAUAAGUUAUUAAAGUAUGGCUUCUCUUAAAGUAUCUGCGAACGUAAAAGAAGUUACGAGCAUAAAUAUACAAGCUCAUUUGACUUUAUCCGUUGAAAUUCUAUCGAUCUAUUCUUCACCUAAAUUCGUUUUCUAUGGGAUUUUUUUCUAGAUUUUCUACGAUUGUUGGUAAAUUAUAUUAUAUAUGAACGACUGCGAGGGGAGAGGAUCUAGUAAAUUUGUUCUGUUUAUAAAUUUAAAUAAGCGUACAGUUCGUCGAAAUGAGAGUUUCGUCGUAUAAUUAUUUCCAAGCGCUGUAAGACAUUUGACGCCCGUCCUCUUUGACGAGGACAUUGGCGGAUAAUAAUGUCUGAUUUAUGGAAUAUUUCGUCGAUGACAAAGCAUGUUUUGCAUCAUCGAGCCUUACAAAGUGAAAAAUGAUGAUCGUGCAAAGUCAGUGUGAAUGGUAAAAAAAUCCCAAAAUUGCAGUCAGAAUCGUUAUGAGGCAAUUGAGAAAGAACCCAGCCAUUCAUAAAUAAAUAAAAAUAAUUAUAUAUUACACACAUAUAUAGAGCUUGCGCUGUAGCUUCACCAGUCAUGAAACAUGCUACGAGAUAUCAUGACUGCCCUUAUCAAUGUUUGUGAGUGUAUAAUAAGUUAUAAACUAUAAGUGAGCUAUUGAAUGUGUAUAUGGUAUAUGCUAGUCCAUACUAAGAUACAAUAAAAUGUAAUUUUGAAUUCAAA